UUCUAUAUUUGCAACCAUUCGUACUACAUUUGGGGAAAUUCGAUUGAGAUGUGUACAAACCGCUUCUUGUCUGGUUAUUCAUCCGAUGCGUGGUCAAUUGCAUCACGUCGCAAUCUGCAAAGGCUUUGGCAACUACUACUGUCCCGACUGCUCUGAAGACCAUACCCUCGAAUGGGAACUAGAAGAAUA